UUCAUGGAAUACGUGGUAUUUUUUCCUUCUCCCUGUGUCAGGAAUUGGUAGCGCUUGAGGGUGUAGCUGUGUUUUUCUCCGUGGAAGAGUGGGCCCUGCUGGAUUCUAAGCAAAAAGCCUUAUACCAAGAGGUCAUGCUGGAAAACAAGAGGAACAUGGCCUCCUUAGGUGAUGGAUGGGAGAUGGCGGAUUCUGGCCAAGAGGCAGUAGUAGCUUUCCCAAAAGAGAAAAAGGAAGUUGCAGAAAAGAUGGAUGGAAAGCAAAGUUGUGAGGAAAACCUGUUAAUGGUUGAGCUGGAGAAUUACACUAGUUUCCCAUAUGCAGAUACCAAUGUCUUAUUGGACACAGAGGAUUGCCAAGAAAAAGAAGUGUGUCCAAGGUGUGGGAAAACACUUUGAGAUGGAUCGGAAUUAUGUGACUGUUGUGAAAGCCUUUCUGGAGAGAAACAAGAUGAAAGCAGGCAGCAUCCAGAAGGAGCCCUCCUCCUCCUUUACAUGAAAGAAUACAAGAAGGAAAUGUACAAAUGUACGGAGUGUGCAGAAGGUUUUGGUACAAGCCGCUCUCUUACAUUGCAUAAAAAGACUCACAAAGCAGAGGAUCCACACAAAUGUCUGGAUUGUGGAAGGACCUUCAGGCAGAAAAAUCAUCUGAGUUCACACAAAAGGGUCCAUGAAGAGACGAAGCAGCAUCAAUGGAUUAAUAGGGGAAAGUCCUUCAAAAGCAGAGCCUCCCUUACUUCCCACCAAAGCAUCCACAGAGAGGAGAAGUUGCAGAAACGCAGGGAGGGUAGAAUGAUGUUUACUUGGAGCAAUGAACCAAAUUCCCAGAAAAAAAGCCCCACUGGGAAUAAGUCAUGUAAAUGCCUGGAAUGUGGGAAGAGCUUCCGCUCUGCAAGUGACCUCACUUACCAUAAUAGGAUCCAUACAGGGGGAAAGCCAUAUCAUAGCACAGUGUGCGGAAAGAAUUUUGCACAAAAAGGCAACUUCAAUUUACAGAAGAGGAUCCAUGCUGGAGAGAAGCCGUAUAAAUGCACAGAAUGUGGGAAAUGCUUCAGGACCUCCAGUGCCCUUACUCACCAUAAGAGGAUUCACACAGGGGAGAAACCCUAUGAAUGUUUGGAGUGUGGAAAAAGCUUCAACAGACGUGACACUCUAGCCUUACAUAAUAGGAUACAUAAAGGGGAGAAACGUUAUAAAUGCUUGCACUGUAGAAAAAGCUUCAGUCAAAAAGUUCAUCUUAAGUCACAUGAGAGGAUCUACAUGGGGGAAAAACCAUUUCAAUGCAUGGAGUGUGGAAAGAGCUUCCGUUUAUCUGGUCAUCUUACUGCCCAUCACAGAAUCCACACAGGGCAGAAGCCCUUUCAAUGCCUGCAGUGUGGAAAGUGCUUUGCCAAUUCUAGCAGCUUUAAUACCCACAAACGGACCCACACAGGGGAGAAACCGUACAAAUGCCUGGAGUGUGGAAAGAGCUUCAGUAAAUCCAGCCACUUAACUUCCCAUAGAAAUAUCCACAGUGGAGAGAAACCGUAUCAAUGCACCGAGUGUUGGAAGCCCUUCAGUCAAACAAGUCACCUUAAUAUCCAUAAAAGGAUCCACACGGGUGAAAAGCCUUAUAAGUGCACCGAAUGUGACAAAUGCUUCACCAGUUUGAGGUCCCUCACUUCCCACAAAAGGCUCCACACCAGGGAGAAACCAUAUGAAUGCCGCAUUUGUGGAAAGAGCUUCAAUGCAAAAAAAAGCUGUAUCCUACACAGCAGAACCCACACUGGGGAGAAACCAUAUCAGUGCCAGCAGUGUGGAAAAUGCUUCAGUGAUUCUGGAGAACUGACGAUCCAUAAAAGGAUUCACAUAGGGGAGAAACCCUUUAAGUGCACAGAAUGCAGCAUGAGUUUCAGAAGAAGUGGUUACCUUUAUAGCCACAAGAGGAUCCACACUGGAAAGAAACCAUAUACAUGUCAUGAGAGCCAUAGAAGGCUUCACUCAGGGAAGAAAUCCUAUAAAUGCCUGGAGUGUGGAAAAUGUUUUAGUGAGAGUGCCCAGCUUACCUCCCACAAUAGGAUCCACACAGGAGAGAAGCUGUUUAAAUGCAUCGACUGUGGAAAGAGUUUCAAAGAUGGGAGAAAUCUUAUGCUGCAUAAAAGAAUCCACACAGGGGAGAAGCCAUAUCAGUGUGUAGAGUGUGGAAAUAAAUUCAGAACAGGGAGUGUCUUUAAUUACCAUAAGAAGACCCACAGCAUGAAAAGAUGAUGUAAGGCGUAAAAAUCAAGCUAGGGUGGGGCAGGGGGAUGUGCCUCACACGUCCCGCACCCGUUCACCUGAAAAAAGCACCUUUGGCAUAAGACAUUCAGACAACCUUAGGGUGCAGAAAGCUGGCUUAGACAUUGUAUAGGGAAGAUGGUGAAAUAUUUCAGGAGGAAACAUUGCAACCUAAGUGGUGAGGUGCAGAACUGGUGUUGACAACCAUCCAUAUUUCCCUAAUGUUGGAAGGAAUCAACAGUGGAUCUACAACUACACCCAUGUGGAGAAAGUCAGAACUGGGAUGACUAAAGAGAAAUGGGAUCUUCAGUGAGCACUUCGCUGGGACAAAGUGACGGAAGAGAAUGAACUAUUGAACCAAUACAAGGCUCGAGAGUUUUGUCAUAAGUAAUAAGUGGAGGGAUGGCGCUAACAUUGGUUGUGUUUCACUGAUUUCUAGUCUGAGAUAUGAUAUUAUGUUUUUUUUAAAAAUUUAUACCCAAACUUACACAGUAGUUAAAAGGCUACGUUUAUACAGUUCAGAUAUAGGCUGUUUUUUGUCAGCAAAUUGGACAAUUUAGGGAACCAGCUUUAGAAUAUACAGGCAGCCCUUGACUUAUGACCACAAUUAAAGCCCAAAAUUAUCGGUUGGGGCCUAGUUUAUGGGUCUCCAAACCUGGCAACUUCUGGACUUCAAUUCCCAGAAUUCCUCUUACCAUGCUAGCUAGGGGAUUCUGGGAGUUGAAGUCUACAAGUCUUAAAGUUGCCAAGUUUGGAGAGUGAUGACUUAGAUGGGUGGAAUUAUAGUUUGUAGUUGUUUCUAGUGCUUUCCUACUGUAAAGUCUUUUGAUGUUCAACACCCUGGAAAUGGAGAAAGAAUUAUAGUGAAUAGUUCCUUGCUUUAAAAUCUCAAAAGGGGGAAGUUGGUGAAGAGGCCUAAGAUUCCUUGGAAAAGGCCAGAUGCACAAUAGAUCUUUGACAAUUGGAAGGCCAGAGUCUAAACAGGAGCAGGGAAUCUUGGUCCUUUUUUGACUUGUGCACUUCAACCCCCAGAAUUCCUUAGCUCGCCAUGCUUAAAAACCAGGUUCCUUUACUUGCUGGAGAAUUCUGGGAGUUGAAGUCCACGUGUCUUAAAGUUGCCAAGUUUGGCGGUCCUUGGCCUAAAUUUAUGGAAUUAUGGUCUGUUGUUAUUUAUAGUGCCUUCCUGCUGCAAAGUCUUUAGGUGUCCAAUAAACUGAAAAGGGAAAAAGAAUUAUGGUCAAUAUUUCCUUGGUCUUCAAGAAAAGGAUUAUAAGCGUUACGAGACCCCUGAAUCUUCUAAAUAAAAAGUUAAAAACUCAAAAUGUACUAUGGGAGAAGGCAAAAGGCACGAAUAGGAGAGUUUUGAAGACCUCAAAAAAGAAGUAGUAUGCUGGAAAUAGGAAGUAUAUUGAAAGCUAUGCUAUAUUACUGCUGAAGUUACAUUUAGAAAAAUUUAGAAAACUGAUGAGAUUUCUCUGUGUACACGUUAGGAUAAAUAGCUUGGCUGAGCUCUGUAUUACACAUACUGGUAUGCAGGAAGGCUAAGAUGUAAAACAGGCAGGAAUUACUUUAAGCAGUGGUUCCCAAACUUUUUCAGUCCACCGCCCCCUUGG